AUGCGGCUCGGCAAGGGGAGGAGGAACAAGAGGAGAUCCGAAGACAGGGAGGACGAUGAUUGCAGGGAGGUGGACGAGCGACCCCUCCUCCAACACCAGAGGACAUCCUCCAUGUCUUCAGUGUCCUCCAACGACUCAGUGUCCUCCCAGACCAAGCUACUCCCACCCAAGAGGCAACUGAAGCAGGACGCAGCUCGGACGGGAUGGGAGAGCGCCCUGAGGUCGCAGGACUUCCAGGUCUGCGUGACCAUCAUCGAGGCCAGGCAGCUGGCUGGGCUCAACAUGGACCCGGUCGUCUGCGUCCAAGUCGGCGAUAUCAAGAAGUACACCAGCGUCAAGGAAUCCACCAACUGCCCCUACUACAACGAGGUCAGUUCUCGAAAACGUAUUUAG